GUGAGCGGAGCCUGCGAGAGGGAGGAGCGCAUCCUGAUGCAGAGAUGCUGCAGUGGCUCGGGGCGCGCACACACAUACGCACCCUCGCCCGCUGCCGCCACGCCAGGACAGCCAGUGGCUAAGGCCGGCGGGGCCAAGCAGCCCUGAGGCUGGCAGCAGGGUCUGCUCACCAGGCGGCCGCAGCAGUGCCCCAGCCAACACCCUUCCCGCACUCUAGGUGACCUCUUUGUGAAGUCUUGGACGAGGGAGGCUAUUGAAGAGAGGUGAGAACAGAACACAAGUUUGGGCAAAGGCUGUCCAGAAGCUGGAACUUGGGAGAGAAACUGAGGUGUGCCUCAGUCUCCAGUUGAUUCUCCCGGAGCGGAGCUGCGGCUCCUCUCUUCUGGACUCUGCCUCUGCCUGAAAGACCCACCAUGGGGACACACGCCAGGAAAAAGGCAAGCUUGCUGCUGCUGGUGCUGGCCACAGUGGCCCUGGUCUCCUCUCCAGGAUGGAGUUUUGCCCAGGGAACCCCAGCUACCUUUGGACCCAUCUUCGAAGAGCAACCCAUUGGCCUGCUAUUCCCAGAGGAGUCUGCAGAGGAUCAGGUGACACUGGCGUGCCGUGCCCGUGCUAGCCCUCCAGCCACCUACAGGUGGAAGAUGAAUGGCACAGAUAUGAACCUGGAACCUGGCUCCCGUCACCAGCUGAUGGGGGGCAACCUGGUCAUCAUGAGCCCCACCAAGACACAGGAUGCUGGUGUCUACCAGUGCCUAGCCUCCAACCCAGUAGGCACUGUGGUCAGCAAGGAGGCUGUCCUCCGCUUUGGCUUUCUACAGGAAUUCUCCAAGGAGGAGAGAGACCCUGUGAAAACCCAUGAGGGCUGGGGAGUGAUGCUGCCCUGUAACCCGCCUGCCCAUUACCCAGGUUUGUCCUACCGCUGGCUCCUCAACGAGUUCCCCAACUUCAUCCCAACGGAUGGGCGACACUUUGUGUCCCAGACUACAGGAAACCUGUACAUCGCCCGGACCAAUGCCUCAGACCUGGGCAACUACUCUUGUUUGGCUACCAGCCACAUGGACUUUUCCACCAAGAGUGUCUUCAGCAAAUUUGCGCAGCUCAACCUGGCUGCGGAAGAUCCCCGACUCUUCGCUCCCAGUAUCAAAGCUCGGUUCCCCCCGGAGACCUACGCACUAGUUGGGCAGCAAGUCACCCUGGAGUGCUUUGCCUUUGGGAACCCGGUUCCCCGGAUCAAGUGGCGCAAAGUGGAUGGUUCCUUGUCCCCUCAGUGGGCCACAGCUGAGCCCACCCUGCAGAUCCCCAGCGUGAGCUUUGAAGACGAGGGUACCUAUGAAUGUGAGGCAGAGAACUCCAAGGGUCGUGACACCGUCCAGGGACGCAUCAUCGUGCAAGCUCAGCCUGAGUGGCUAAAGGUGAUCUCAGACACAGAGGCCGACAUUGGCUCCAACUUACGUUGGGGCUGUGCAGCAGCAGGCAAACCCCGGCCCAUGGUGCGCUGGCUGAGAAACGGGGAACCUCUGGCCUCCCAGAACCGGGUGGAGGUCUUGGCUGGGGACCUGCGAUUCUCUAAGCUGAGCCUGGAGGACUCUGGCAUGUACCAGUGUGUGGCUGAAAACAAGCAUGGCACCAUCUAUGCCAGUGCUGAGCUGGCUGUACAAGCUCUGGCCCCAGACUUCAGGCAGAACCCUGUGAGACGGCUGAUCCCUGCAGCUCGAGGCGGAGAGAUCAGCAUCCUGUGCCAGCCUCGCGCAGCCCCAAAAGCUACAAUACUUUGGAGCAAGGGUACUGAGAUUUUGGGGAACAGUACCAGAGUGACUGUCACUUCCGAUGGCACCUUGAUCAUCAGAAACAUCAGCCGAUCCGAUGAAGGCAAAUAUACCUGCUUUGCUGAGAACUUCAUGGGCAAAGCCAACAGUACCGGGAUCCUGUCCGUGCGCGAUGCAACCAAGAUCACCCUGGCUCCCUCCAGUGCUGACAUCAACGUGGGUGACAACCUGACCCUACAAUGUCAUGCCUCGCACGACCCCACUAUGGACCUCACGUUCACCUGGACCCUGGAUGAUUUCCCUAUUGACUUUGAUAAGCCUGGAGGUCACUACCGGAGAGCCAGUGCGAAGGAGACCAUUGGGGACCUGACUAUCCUCAACGCCCAGCUACGCCAUGGAGGGAAGUACACAUGCAUGGCCCAGACUGUGGUAGAUGGUACAUCCAAGGAGGCCACAGUCCUGGUCCGAGGUCCCCCAGGUCCCCCAGGGGGUGUGGUGGUGAGAGACAUCGGAGACACCACCGUUCAGCUUAGCUGGAGUCGUGGCUUUGACAACCACAGCCCCAUUGCCAAGUACACGCUGCAAGCUCGUACUCCACCCUCGGGGAAAUGGAAGCAGGUUCGGACCAAUCCUGUGAAUAUCGAGGGUAAUGCCGAGACUGCCCAGGUGCUGGGUCUCAUGCCUUGGAUGGACUAUGAGUUUCGGGUUUCAGCUAGCAACAUCUUGGGCACUGGGGAGCCCAGCGGGCCCUCCAGCAAAAUCCGCACUAAGGAAGCAGUCCCCUCAGUGGCACCAUCGGGACUCAGUGGAGGGGGAGGAGCCCCUGGAGAGCUCAUCAUCAACUGGACUCCCGUGUCACGGGAGUACCAGAACGGAGACGGCUUCGGCUACCUGCUGUCCUUCCGCAGGCAAGGCAGCUCCAGCUGGCAGACUGCCCGGGUGCCUGGCGCUGAUGCGCAGUACUUCGUCUACGGCAAUGACAGCAUCCAGCCCUACACACCCUUUGAGGUCAAGAUCCGAAGCUACAAUCGCCGGGGGGAUGGGCCCGAGAGCCUCACUGCGUUAGUGUACUCAGCAGAGGAAGAGCCCAGGGUGGCCCCUGCCAAGGUCUGGGCCAAGGGGUCCUCAUCUUCAGAGAUGAACGUGAGCUGGGAGCCUGUGCUACAAGACAUGAACGGCAUUCUCCUGGGAUAUGAGAUUCGCUACUGGAAAGCCGGGGACAACGAAGCAGCCGCUGACCGAGUGAGGACAGCAGGGCUAGACACCAGUGCCCGAGUCACUGGCCUGAACCCCAACACCAAAUACCACGUAACUGUGAGGGCCUACAACCGGGCCGGCACUGGACCCGCUAGCCCUUCAGCUGAUGCCAUGACCGUGAAGCCCCCGCCACGGAGACCUCCUGGCAACAUCUCCUGGACUUUCUCAAGCUCCAGUCUCAGCCUUAAGUGGGACCCUGUGGUUCCUCUCCGAAAUGAAUCUACGGUCACUGGCUACAAGAUGCUGUAUCAGAAUGAUUUGCACCCAACUCCUACGCUCCACCUCACCAGCAAGAACUGGAUAGAAAUACCAGUACCCGAAGACAUUGGCCACGCUCUGGUACAGAUUCGAACCACAGGGCCUGGAGGGGAUGGGAUCCCCGCAGAAGUCCACAUUGUGAGAAAUGGAGGCACAAGCAUGAUGGUGGAGAGCGCCGCCGCCCGCCCUGCCCAUCCCGGACCUGCGUUCUCCUGCAUGGUGAUAUUGAUGCUCGCUGGCUACCAGAAGCUCUGAUCUCAACACUGCCCGCCACGCCCAAGCUGGACACCCACCCUAACAGACACAGCGGCUGACCACAGCUCCCCUCGUCCAAGGUGGUCCAACACUGUGCCUGAGCGUGGUUGGCUUAGACACCUACUCCCAACAGUACCCUUUAUGUAGGAGGUAGGAUAUUCCUAUUCUGCCACAGGAUAGAACCAUGCGAGGAAAUUUUCUUUAAGUCAAGAGGCACUGGGCAGUGACUUCCAUGAUAAUAGUACUAGGCCUAAUGCCUGGACCCCUUGGGGUCUUGGUCGAGAGGAACGGGCCUUUGAUUAAGCAGAUGGUCCUUUAGGGCCACAAGUGGCCACUGCCAUCUGAGAUCAGAGUACCAGGCCCAGCAGGAACAUGGGCAGCAGUGGGGUAUCGUUUUCCCUCUAUGAAGCAGAGGGACCUCUUCUAGUCCUCACUGGAGAAGCACCAUGGUUGGUCCCGACACGGUCUUCCAUGACUCCCUGGCUUCCUCGGUAGCCAAGGACAAGGCCCUGGGUUACUGGGGAUAGAAGCUCAAAAGGGUUGAGAGGCUACCCCACCCGAUGGAAAGGGGCACCAGCCUAAGGCCCAUUGGCCAUCCUGGUGGCACUGCCCUCUCAGCCAGCACUGCCAAGCCAAUCCUGUCGUCCUCCAGAUGGAAUGGUGGAGUGACAGAGCCACUUCAGGUGGCUAUGUGACUAAAGGGCUUGCCUCGAGGAGUUGCCUUGCCUCAUCAAGAUGCUUCCUUCAUGGACCCUCCAGGGUACGGGCAGGAGAUGUCCAUCUGAACGCUACUCUCUUCCCUUCAGCUCUGCUGCAAACUUGUGCCUGCCUCCACCUCCCACAACUGCAGGCCCCAGAAAUCAGCUCUCAACACAGCAUCCAUUCUUUGUCCUGGGAUAGAGAGGCAUCCGAGAAGGGCCAGCAUCAAAGUGGCCCUGCCUGCUUCCAGGAAUAUCCUCCAUCACCUGGCCACACCUGCUCCCCAGAACUGCCUGGACUACUCUCUUCAGUCCCCACAAGAAAAAGGGUUAAUAAGGGGGGGGGUGGCCUGCCUUGAGUUCUGGGUAGUUACCAGGGAUAGACCAGACUACGGGAGCUGAAGAAGCCUUAUAACUUGACUUAUCCGUACCCUACACUUAACAGACGAGGAAAUGGAGGUGCAGAAAGGGUUAGGGACUUCUUGGGGGUCACAUGGUCUGUAAGGACAAGGCAUGGUCAGCACAGAGUCUCCUCCCCACCUGUGGGAGGCUCUAUAGAGAGAGGGAGGAUGUUGAGCAGUCACAGCCUGUCCUCUAGGACUCUGGAGGACUCUGGAGGAGGAGCCCUCUGCUUCAAGAGGUUCUGGCUGGUGAGAUGGACAAAUGAGCUCCAACCAAGGCAUAGGCAGAUUCCAGGAGUCAAUGGCCUGGGGCAGCCUUCUGCUGGGAACUCGGCAGGGAGCACUGUCUGGAAGCCUCUCGGGCUUGCUCAUUUCAAGAAGAGGCCAAAGCAAGGACAGAGUUCCUUAGACGAGGACCCUGCAGCAGCACGACCAGAAAACCCCAGUGUCCACGCCCUCAGCCCACGGGGGCAGCAGAGCAGGCAUUUCAAGAUGCACUUGCCCUGCUGCUCCUUAGGCCAUUUCUGUAGUUUACAGUUAGAGCUCUAUUUUGUUAUGGGUUUUUAAACUUCAAGCCUUGCUCUGUUUUUCUGGGCGGGUUUAUGUUAUGUAUUUACCCACUACAAUUUUUUAAAGAUGUACACUCACGUACCUUUCCCCUACCACCUCCACACCUUGCCCUAGUUAAGGAUUUCUUCCCUGGGCUGAUCAAACCCAUCCUCUUCUGCUCCCAGCACCCCAAGUAUAAGGGUGCCAGGGGCUUAGUCACACGAUCCUUCUCCCUCACAUGCACCCCCGAGUCGGCCUAGCAUCCCUCCCCAUCAUAUGCUGGCUGGGAUUUGGCUCAGGCCUAGCCCUGGGAAACCCUAGAAAGGGGCACCUGAAACCUUCCAAGGUUUACCUAUUUCUCACUGCCUUGGGCUUCAGGAGGGGUGCUAGAGAAAUGGGUUUCUAGUGGUUGGGCAGGGAGAACUGGUCUGGCACUGAACCUAGUUAGGGAGGUGGGAGGCUGCAGCCCCUAAGCUUUUCUUCUAACGAGGUCUAUGAAAAGCAGGCAAGCCGCUGGGAGGCCCAAGAAGAGGAAAACCUUAGCCCUGGGCAGGUAGCAUUUGCUAUGGGGAAGUGAAGCUGUGCUAGCAGCUUGGGGCUUCCAGUAGAGUGUUAGCUAAGGUGUAAGGAGAACACGCGUGUCUCGCCAAGAUGUGAGCUUGUAAAUGAGCAAAAGGCCUCUUGCUGAGGGAACUUGGAUGGACCUUAAUGGCUUGGAAGGGAGGGCUAGAUCAAAUUGCCUCUCAGAGUCCCAUCCUGGCCAAGGGUCCUUUGACUUCUGUACAGGCUGGGGGAGCUGUUGGACUGGCCGCUGCUGUGGUCACGACUGUUAGAGAUUCCAUCCACUCACAGUGAGGUGAAAGGGACAGCCACAACCAAGCAUUCUGUCUGGGUUUAACAGGAAGGUGCCACCCGAGGGCUAGGGACAAAGCUACCUAUAAAAACCUCUUGAGGGACUGGGAGGUGCCCUCUGUCAGUACAAGGGCUCAGCCACCACACGGAGCUAUCCGCUCAUUGCCAUCUGAUGGUGCCACAAGUGAGAGUGGUUCUGCUAUCCAGGGCAGCGGGCAACCCAGACAGUAGGGGAGUAGGGAGGCGAUGGGGCAGGAAGGAGAAGCUCGACAACAAACCGGAGAGAAUGAAGCCAAGGUCGGAAAAGCCUUCAGGUAACCGUUGAGGUAUUUCCAGUGUUCUUUCCGAUCUUGUAUGGGUGACGUCCUGACAAGAGGAGCGGGAAGUGCUGAGUCCUUUCUUAGACUCCAAAUGCCCAGCACAGGGACGCCGUAGAGUAGUAUCUGCUAUGCCCCCGGCAGCUGGUUUAAAAGCCAUCGGUGGGAAUUGAUCCACAGAACCGUCCUUACAAAGUAGUGCCUUUCCCAGUGCCAUCCUAGCCUGCACUCUAGCCAAGAGCUCAGCGUGGCUAGCCAAGCUGUCCUCCCCUCCCGCCUCUCCCAGCAACACAGGCACCUUUUCUUUUUCUAGUCGUCAGAUAGCCAGUAGGACUGCCAGGGGGACAGCAGUAUCCUCACACCUGUUACAAACAGUGUGGUGUUUGGUCUUGCUUGCUGGGACCAUACUUUGCCAGGGAGUCUCCAAGUGGAAGUAAGAGGGACCCUAAAGGACUUCAAGAUGCUCACUGGGAAAGGUGCUGGUAGCUAGGGGCGGAGUGUACCUCUCGAACCUGUAUGUGGUCCCAGGAUUUGGGAAAGCAGGGCAUAAAGAAAACAGAGAAGAGAGAGACAGAGACAGAGAGAGAGAGAGAGAGAGAGAGAGAGAGACAGACAGACAGACAGACACACACACACACAGAGAGAGAGAGAGACAGACAGACAGACACAGAGAGAGAGAGAGACAGAGAGAGACAGAGAGAGACAGAGAGAGAGAGAGGAGAGAGAGAAUAUCAAACAGCUCUGUUCAGAGCCCCGGGUAGCCUCAGAAGCCUAGGGCCCUUAGUUUCUUUAGAGGAGACUCAACCCUCGCGCCUUGGCACCAGAUACCUCCAACUCAGCCCCCAUUUCAGAGCCUGCAUAGCUCUGAGCUCAGGGCUUCACUGGACCACUGAUGACCGUUCUUGUUUAGAUGCAGCUCCUUCCCCCCAGCCCACUGUUCGCUCUUGUAGUAGCUAUUUAUUGACUGGUAGCAAGCAGUUCUUAAAUAAAGAUGUCUUCUCGA